AUGGCUGGCACCGUGACGGGGACUGGCUUGGGGUUCGAGGCGACCUACCCCCGCUCCGGCGGAGAUGCCUGGGACGAGUCUCGAGUGGGGCUCUAUGCAACGGAGGCCGAGGCUCAGAGGGUGGUGGACCUGCUGAGGCUCAAGGCGGCGAUGGAUGAGGGCACGGAGCUGGGGGAGGUGCCGCUGUACCUGCCGCUUCAGGAGUACAGCAGCAGCGUCAGUACCAUGCAGUAUCUGCGCGACCAUGAUGUGGAGGUCGUGUGGAACACCUUCCAUGCCUGCGGCGCCGAGCAGCUGCAGCCGGCAGCCGCUGCCGCCGCCGUGCCCCCGGGCCCCGCGCUGGCGGGCCCCACCGCUGCGCGGGGCUGGUGGGAGCAGGACUCGGAGGAAGAGCAGGAGGAGGAGGGUGAGGGUAUGGAGGAGGAUGGCGGCGCUGGGGAGCAGGAGGGCGGCGCCGACGAGGAGGGUGGCGGGCAGUCAGGGGAGGAGGAGGAGGGGGAGGGGCAGUCGGGCGAUGAGAGCGGGGCCUCAUUGGAUGAUGAGGGAGGCGGUCGGCGGCACCAGAAGCAGGGCACAGGCAGGCUCAACGCGGCGGGGAGGCCGCUGCGGGUGGCGGCUGUGCACCGCAAGCUGCCGCUGCCAGCGCCGGGCGAGAUGGAAGGCGCCACGCCCACCGCCGCCAAGCGCCAGCGGCAGCGCUCGGCGUCGGCGGCUGCGGAGGAGGCGCAGCAGGCGCAGCAGGAGCGGGAGCCGGAGUGGGAGCAGGCGGCCGAGGAGCCGGCCGGCGGCAGCGCUGGCGGCGGCGGCGGCACCCCCAGGCGCCCAUCCAAGACGAUCAUCUUCCCUCCCGUCCCAGCCAGCAUGAAGUGCCUCAAGUGCAUCAACUGCCAGAACCCGCAGCGCAAGCGGCCCUGCGUGCUGGCACGCCGCCGCCUGCUGGAGCUGCUGCGGGAGCAGGAGGAGGGCCUGGGCUCUGGGGCUAUCGAGGUCGACGCCAAGGCAGCGGCCCCCGCCGAAGCAGCCCCGGCGGAGGGCUUGGACGGCGGCGUGCCCGCCAGCCCUGGCGCCGCCCGGGGCGGCGGCAAGGGCGUCAGCCCGGCGGCGGCGGUGGCCGCGGCGCUGCACCUGCCCGCCCGCAAGCAGCUGUACCCCAUCAUCCCUCCCUCCGAGCGCUGCGGCCAGUGCAAGCCGUGCCUCAACCCCCGGCUGAAGAAGGCGUGCCGCGAGGCGCGCAAGCGCCAGCUGGCCGCCGGCAUCGCCCCGCCCUCUGCCCAGCAGGCCUACGACUCACGCCCUGGCGGCGCCUCUGGCACGCCCCGCGCGGGCGGUGGCACCCCGCGCAAGGCCGGCGGCGAGGCCGCCGCGGCGGCGGCCGCCGCCGCAGGGCGCCAGCUGGGCGCGUCGGUGGUGGGCUGCCGCCUGCGCAUCUACUGGCCGGGCAUGCGGCGGUGGUACGAGGGACGUGUCAGCGACUACCAGCGUUCCACGGGGCAGCACCACAUUGAGUACGACGACGGCGACCAGCAGCUGCACCUGCUGGCGCAGGAGAAGUAUGUGCUGCUGGACCCGCCGCGCCAGCUGGCGGGCGGCAGCCGGGAGGAGGAGGAGGAGGAGGGCCUGGCGGCAGAGACGCCCCUGGCCAAGCGCCCGCGCCAGGCGCACUCGCCGGGGGGCCAGGGCGACGAGUCGGCGGGCGACAGCGGCGGCGGCGAGGGGCGCAAGGGCGGCGCGGCGGCGCCCACCACCCCUGCCAGCGCCGCUGGCGCCGCGCUGCUGGGGUCGGGCCUGCCCGGGGCCGCCGCCGUGGCCGCCGCAGCCGCUUCCCCGGGCGCGGCGGCAGUGGCGCAGCUGCCGGCGGUGCUGGCGGCCUGCUGCCGCGGCACCAGCGGCGCGGCCGCGGCGGGCGUCACCGCUGGCCUGGUGGGCCGCUUCAUGGCUGCCUUCUCCUGCAAGAUGAGCGAGGCGCAGCGCCAGGAGCACGCCGCCUUCCUCAUGCCGCUGCUGGAGGCAGGCUGCUUCGAGGGCGUGCAGGCCUGCUUGGAGGAGGUUGUGCUGCUGUGCCGCAGCCAGCACCAGGCCACCACUGGCACCACGCCGACGUCGCAGCAGCAGCAGCGGCAGGAGCGUGCGGCCGAGUCUCAGCGCCAGGCCCCGAUCGACGAACAGCAGGGGCCAGCACAGCCCCAGGCAGAGCAGCCGCGCCCGCAGGAGCAGGAGUGGCAGCAACAGGAGCAGCAGCAGCAGCCAGCAAAGAGCGACGUGGCUCUGCUGGUCGCAGGGCAGCAGGGCAGGGGAGACGAGCAGCAUCCAGCCGCUGGUGCUGCCCCCGCCGGCGCCGGCGCUGGCGUGAGCAGCAGCGGGAGCGGCAGCCGCGGCGGGCCCUUGGACAAGAGCGUGCACGGCGCUUCCGCUGCGGCGCAGAGUGGGGAUUGUGUGGCGCAAGCUGGUGAGGCCACGGUGCCGGGCCCGAUGGCUGAGCAAGUGGCUGCGGAGCCGCUGGCGACAGCUGCAUGCUGA